GGCUGCCGCAAUGAAAGAACUAGUCAAGCCAGGACGUACCCAUGCUGAACCCCUGCCUCAGGCAUCCCCAAGCGCUUCCUGACAUGCACUGUUGCUUACAGAACAUCACAACUAAAGAAUGGGGCUCAACUUGACACUUGCCAAGCUACCAAACAAUGAGCUGCCCAGCCAAGGAGGCCCACCUGCAAACACCACCACAGCCGGACCUGGAGAAAACACCACCUUGCACAAUGAGUUUGACACUAUCGUCUUGCCUGUGCUUUACCUCAUUCUAUUUGUGGCAAGCAUCUUGCUGAAUGGCUUAGCAGUGUGGAUUUUCUUCCAUAUUAGGAAUAAAACCAGCUUCAUAUUUUAUCUCAAAAACAUAGUGGUGGCCGACCUUAUAAUGACUCUGACAUUCCCAUUUCGAAUAGUCCAUGAUGCAGGAUUUGGACCUUGGUUCUUCAAAUCUAUCCUAUGCAGAUAUACUUCAGUUUUGUUUUAUGCAAACAUGUAUACUUCCAUUGCGUUUCUCGGGCUGAUAAGCAUCGAUCGCUACCUGAAGGUGGUAAAGCCAUUUGGGGACUCUCGCAUGUACAGCAUAACCUUUACGAAGGUUCUAUCCGUGUGUGUUUGGGUGAUCAUGACUGUUCUGUCCUUGCCAAACAUCAUCCUAACAAAUGGACAACCAACGAAGGAAAAUAUUCAUGACUGCAUGAAACUUAAAAGUCCUCUGGGAGUCAAAUGGCACCAGGCAGUCAACUAUGUGAAUGGCUGCCUAUUUGUAGUUGUGCUGGUGAUUCUGAUUGGGUGUUACAUAGCCAUAGCCAGGUACAUCCACAAGUCCAGCAGACAGUUCAUAAGUCAGUCAAGCCGAAAGCGAAAACACAACCAGAGCAUUCGGGUGGUUGUGGCUGUGUUUUUUACCUGCUUUUUACCAUAUCACUUGUGCAGAAUUCCUUUCACUUUUAGUUACUUAGAUAGACUACUAGAUGAAUCUGCACAUAAAAUUCUCUAUUACUGCAAAGAAAUGACACUUUUUUUGUCUGCAUGUAAUGUGUGUUUGGACCCAAUCAUUUAUUUUUUCAUGUGCAGGUCAUUCUCAAGAAGAUUAUUCAAGAAAUCAAAUAUCAGGACCAGGAGUGAAAGCAUCAGAUCAUUGCAAAGUGUCAGGAGAUCUGAAGUCCGGAUAUAUUAUGACUAUACUGAUGUGUAGGGACUGGAAACCAUGAGACUGUAGCUUUUUCUUGGAAUUAAUAUGUAUAAAGUGUAAAUAAACAAUUCUUUUCAUUUUCCUU